CUUCUUCUUUUUUUACCCCUCCUCCAUAAUUUUCCUCUGCCUUGUUUCCUUCUUACUCUGCGCUCUUUCCUCAGAGCUCAGACGUAGUGGUGAGGUGCAGAGCAGAGACCAGCACUUGGGGAUAGGUCGCACAAUACAAAUAAAUUUUAAAAAGGACAGGAAGCUUCUCUUUUUACCUUAGACAACAGACAUUUCACUGCCACGGUUCUGCUUGUGUGUUGAGCUUCAUUAAAAUGGAUACUCAAUCCUCCCAGAUAUCAUCGUCGCAAGGUUUUACGGAUGGACAGAAUUCUGCUGCCAAAGAAUCAAAACUGUCCGAUUCCUUUCUUUCCUCUUCGCCUGUAUCUCUCAUUCAGUCUCCUCAAGAUAAGCGAGGGGUCCCAAGUUCUGACAAGUCCACUGAAGCUGUAGCUACAUCGCUACGCUUUUCUUCCCAACCAGGCUCAUUCUCACCCAGUAAUUACAGUAGUGACACAUCUCCAACAGAUGGACAACAGGAUUCUCCAAUAAAGGUGUCUCCCGUUUCAGAACGUAUUAAGGCACUAGAAGCUCUUGCAGCCAAAAAGAAAGAACCUGAUUUUAGAGGCAAUGGAACUUUUACUCAUUUCAGGGACCGACAUCAUGAGAAAUCUGCACCUGAGGGGCCCAAAUUUUCCACAGAAGGCUCUAAAGCUGCACCUGAUGGACCCAAGUCUGCAACUGAGGGGCCCCAAUCUCCCACCACACGGGCAAAAUCUACACACGAGGGGUCCAGAUCUCUCACUGAAGGCACCAAAUCUACAGCAGAGUCCCUCAAAUCUGCAGUUGAGGGUCCCAAAUCUCCAGCUGGAGUUCCCAAACUUCCUCCUGAAAAGAUUAUACAGACACCUCAGAAAACAGAACAUUCUGCUGAUCAGGAGUCACCAGAUUCACCAUUUGAAAUCCUGGGAGACCUGAAGCAAGUUGUGGACUUUGAAGAGACAGAGCAGUGGAUGAAGACACACUUACCUCCAGUACCAGAUUUUGAUACUGUUGGUUUAAUUAAAAGCACUAACAAAGUCUCAGUGAAGGGGAUCGACAGAGAUAUGCCUGCUGCCUUUGCUGGUGUUCCUGAUGCUUUCAUGGAUCAUCCUGUUGAAGGUCCGAAACAAAAAGAUCAGCUUGAUGGGGAACCCAAAAAAACAGAGGUUGAAGAGUUUGAUGUUAACUUUUUGCCAACAGCUUACAUGUGGGAUCAUCAAGAAAAAUCAAGUGUGAAUGAUCCAUCUAAUCUAGAUUUGGUGAUUACAGCUUCGCCUGCACCUCCUGCAGAGUUUGGUUCCACAUCUCCUCCGUCAUCCCCCCCAGUUUGCCCUGCUGUUCAUCAGAAUGUUUCUGAUGAGAAGAAAGCAAUUUGGACUGGCGAACUUGAACAGCCAGAAGCAAAUGAAGGUGACAGUUCAGGAGAAUCCGAUGAUACGGUAAUUGAAGAUCAUAUAGCUGAAUGUGAGUCUGCUCCAUCUCAGUCUUUGGAUCAAAGUUCUAAUGAUGACACCACAACCCCUCCCUGCACCACUGCUGAUCUGUCCACUGAGGAGAAAGAGACUCCUCCACCAAGGCUUGAGAGAAAGCUAAUGCAGGUUCCAACCAUAAAUGUGAUUGAGACUGACGAGCCCAAUUAUAGUGAAGAGGAGAUGGAACCUGAGGCAGAGGAAGAUGAUGAUGACUAUGAGGUAGUAAAAGGCCCAGACACGGGACCCCCAAGCACCUCUGAACCAGAUCCACAGAGUGGUGAAAACACAGGCCCCAGAGCACGCCCGUUAGAAACGGAGUUCAUGGAAGGCUAUUCGCCUCCUUCCUCACCUGUGGACUCUGAGUCUGAAUACUCCCCAAAACACAAGAUCCUCAACACUAGCUCUGAAAAAGAUAAGACAUCUGCCUUAAAAUCAGAGGUCUGUCCCAAUCCAAUGGACUCAGCAGACCAGCAACCUGACCAGUCCCAGACCAUGUCAAAUGAAAUUCGCAAUGAAAAGUCCCCAUUUGUUGUUGAAAAUGAAGAAGUGGAUUUUCCAGACAAUGAUGAUGAUUGGUCAGAUGAAACCCAGGAAAUUCUGUUCAAACCCCCAAUGACUGAUCCGUCGUCACGAGAAUCAGCUUCUUACAAUGAGCCUGCAGUCAGUGAAAAUCGCAGUUCAACAGCAGAAGAGGCUUACAUAAAACCCACUCCACCUCCUAUGUCCAGCUUCAUGCAAGAUGACAUUUAUGACAGACAGUCGUUUGAUUAUGACUUUGAUAUCAGCUCUUCCCUGGAUCACACUGAUGUUAAGAAGUUCAACAAUGCAAAGGAACGUUUUCUGUCUGAUCCAGCUCAGAAUGAUGUUGCUGAAGACAAACAGGAUCUGGACAGCGCCAUUUCACUGAAUGGUGACGACAUCCCCAAAUCCGAUAGUCAGCCAUCUUUAGAAGAUUAUCCUGAAAACCCAUAUUCCUGUUUCCAAAGUGAGACUGUAAGCAGCAUUGCUGAACAGGUCAUUAUGAAGACCACUAAUUCAGAAAAUGUGGAAAAUGACAAUAUACUCUCAUCUCAGAAACCAGCUUCACACAUUCAGCAUAGCCCUGAAACGGGUCACAACAUAAAUGAGAUGAAAAUAAGUCCCGACAGAACUGACAGUGGCAGCCCACCUUCUGAGGAUAGCUUUGUGGAGUUCAUGAGAGAGUGUUUGAAAUCAAAGCAGGAUGAGGAAGCUGACAGUGUCCACCAGGAGCUUGAGCCCCACAAGACUUCUCCUCUCCCCAAGACUUCUCCAACCAUGGCGAUGGAUUUUGAACAAGAGCACCUUACAAUCAGUGCUCUCAAAGAUCUGGGCAACAGCCAAGAGGAAAAGGAGGAGACGGUGAAUCCUCAGCAUAAAGUCUCAGAGAAGAGUCAGCCAAAGUCAGAUUUUAGCCCUGCUCAGCCAUCGGACUCCAAACCCUCUUGUUCCCAAACCAACCGUGCAUCUGAAAGCACAUAUUCCAGUGAUGUGGAAGCUAUAGACGAAUGGGUAGCUGAAGCCUACCAUCUUGCAGAGCAUGUCUUGACAGCAAUACUAACCCACUUAUCAGUUAAUGACCUGAUCCACUGGCGGGACCCCAAGAAGUCGGGUGUGGUGUUCGGCCUGUCCCUGCUUCUGCUGCUCUCGCUGGCAGCCUUCAGCGUCAUCAGCGUGGUUUCCUACCUGCUGCUCGCCCUGCUCUGUGUCACCAUCACCUUUCGCAUCUACAAGUCUGUGGUCCAGGCUGUGCAGAAGUCUUCUGAGGGACACCCAUUCAAAGAGCUGAUAGAGAAGGAUGUCACCAUUCCUCCUGAGACGUUCCGCAAGCACGUGGACACCAGUCUGACCCACAUCAACCGAGCCCUGAAGCAGAUGAGCCGCCUGUUUUUGGUUGAGGACCUUGUGGAUUCUCUAAAGCUGGCUGUGGUCAUGUGGAUGUUGACUUAUGUUGGAGCAGUUUUUAAUGGAAUCACCAUCCUCAUCCUGGCGGAUAUCCUGCUCUUUGCCGUACCUCCAGUCUACGAGAAGAACAAGACCCAGAUUGAUCAUUACAUCGAUCUUGUGCGUACCCAAGUCAACAACACAAUUGCAAAACUGCAAGAGAAACUUCCGGGAGCUAUGAAACGCAGCAAAACUGAAUGAUCCCACAUGUCAUCUUCAUCCUCAUCUCCAUCACUCUGGAAAAACCAACCCUUCAUCUCACCCAGCUCCUCCCCAGUAACCCAGACCUGUUCACCUCCGCCCCCACCCAACACACACACACACACACACACACUGAACCGUGCUAGAUAGAAAAUCUCAGAGCUACUCAAUGUUCAACGUAAAACUACUGCGCAGCUUAACUUG